CUCGCGUCAGCUGUCAUCAUUCACCGGGAGAGGCGAAGGGCAUCCGGGUACCAGCGAGAGAGAGGAGCCGCCGGACGCGUUUCUGAGUGGACAAACGGACCGGAGUACAGUGGACGCUUCAUUCAUCCCUCUCAGUUCUGGGACUAAACCCCGGUGGAGUGACGUUCAUCCCGUCGUGGUUCUGAGGUUGAGGACGAGCGGCCCGUCGGCCCCGACCAGCACCGCCGUGAGCGUGACCCUUUAAGGACUUCUGAUGCAUCGUUUAAGGACUUGUGCGGCGCGGUUGCGUCCGCUUACCGCCUCCCAGGCGGCUCAGACUGUUGGCCCUCAGCGGCCAAUCACAGUCGCCCACACGGGGGGCGCAAGGACGUUUCAGCCAAUCAGGUGCUACACAGCGCCGGUGGCCUCGGAGCCGUUCCUCAACGGGACGAGCUCCAACUACGUGGAGGAGAUGUACUUCGCCUGGCUGGAGGACCCCAAGAGUGUUCACAAGUCGUGGGAUGUGUUCUUCAGGAACGCUAACGCCGGUGCUCCUCCAGGAGCAGCCUACCAGUCUCCUCUGGGUCUGUCUGCUGCUCCUCAGCUCUCCUCUCUGGUGGGAGCUCAGCCCAACGUGGAGAAGCUGGUGGAGGAUCACCUGGCCGUCCAGUCGCUCAUCAGAGCCUACCAGAUCCGGGGGCACCACGUGGCCCAGCUGGACCCCCUCGGCAUCAUGGACGCCGAUCUGGACUCGUGUGUCCCCACUGACAUAAUCACGUCCUCGGACAAGCUGGGCUUCUACGGUCUGGAUGAGUCCGACCUGGACAAGGUGUUCCGGCUGCCCACCACCACCUUCAUCGGAGGCUCAGAGAGCGCUCUGCCGCUGAAGGAGAUCAUCCGCCGACUGGAGAUGGCGUACUGUCAGCACGUCGGGGUGGAGUUCAUGUUCAUCAACGACCUGGAGCAGUGCCAGUGGAUCCGACAGAAGUUUGAGACUCCAGGAGGGAUGCAGUUUGAUCUGGAGGAGAAGAGGACUCUGCUGGCCCGCAUGGUCCGCUCCACCAGGUUUGAGGAGUUCCUGCAGAAGAAGUGGUCUGCAGAGAAACGUUUUGGUCUGGAGGGUUGUGAGUCUCUGAUCCCGGCUCUGAAGACCAUCAUUGAUAAAUCCUCUGAGAACGGAGUGGAGAACGUCAUCAUGGGAAUGCCUCACAGAGGUCGUCUGAAUGUUUUGGCCAACGUGAUCCGUAAAGAGCUGGAACAGAUUUUCUGUCAGUUUGACUCCAAACUGGAAGCAGCUGAUGAGGGCUCUGGAGACGUGAAGUACCAUCUGGGGAUGUACCAUCGUCGUAUCAACCGCGUGACGGACCGGAACAUCACCUUGUCCCUGAUGGCCAACCCGUCUCACCUGGAGGCCGUGGACCCGGUGGUCCAGGGGAAGACCAAAGCUGAGCAGUUCUACUGCGGAGACAACGACGGCAACCGGGUGAUGUCCAUCCUGCUCCACGGAGACGCAGCGUUCGCGGGUCAGGGCAUCGUGUACGAGACCUUCCACCUGUCUGACCUGCCGUCCUACACCACGCACGGCACCGUGCACGUGGUCGUCAACAACCAGAUCGGCUUCACCACAGACCCCCGUAUGGCCCGCUCCUCUCCGUACCCCACCGACGUGGCUCGAGUCGUCAACGCCCCCAUCUUCCACGUCAACGCCGACGACCCCGAGGCCGUCAUCUACGUCUGCAAGGUGGCCGCCGAGUGGAGGGCCACGUUCCACAAGGACGUGGUGGUGGACCUGGUGUCUUACCGCCGGAUGGGUCACAACGAGAUGGACGAGCCGAUGUUCACUCAGCCGCUGAUGUACAAACAGAUCAAGAAGCAGAAACCCGUUCUGCAGAAAUACGCAGAGAAACUGAUCGCAGAGGGAGCAGUGAGCCGCCAGGAGUACGAGGAGGAAAUCGCCAAAUAUGAUAAGAUCUGUGAGGAGGCGUACAAUCGCUCCAAAGACGAGAAGAUCCUCCACAUCAAGCACUGGCUGGACUCCCCAUGGCCUGGUUUCUUCACUCUGGACGGACAGCCAAAGUCCAUGAGCUGCCCCUCCACCGGUCUGACUGAAGAGAACCUGAACCACAUCGGAGGCGUGGCCUCGUCAGUCCCCGUGGAGGACUUCACCAUCCACGGAGGUCUGAGUCGGAUCCUGAAGAACCGAGCAGAGAUGGUCCGUAACCGGACUGUGGACUGGGCUCUGGGGGAGUACAUGGCCUUUGGAUCGCUGCUGCAGGAGGGAAUCCACAUCAGACUGUCUGGACAGGAUGUGGAGCGAGGAACCUUCAGCCACCGUCACCACGUCCUCCACGACCAGAACGUGGACAAGAGGACCUGCAUCCCCAUGAACCACCUCUCUCCAGACCAGGCCCCCUACACCGUCUGCAACAGCUCGCUGUCCGAGUACGGAGUCCUGGGCUUUGAGCUGGGCUUUGCGAUGGCGAGUCCCAACGCUCUGAUCCUGUGGGAGGCUCAGUUCGGAGACUUCCACAACACGGCCCAGUGCAUCAUCGAUCAGUUCAUCUGUCCGGGUCAGGCCAAGUGGGUCCGACAGAACGGCAUCGUGCUGCUGCUGCCGCACGGCAUGGAGGGCAUGGGUCCAGAACAUUCUUCAGCUCGUCCAGAGAGGUUCCUCCAGAUGUGCAACGACGACCCCGACGUCAUGCCGGCGCUCACCGAGGACUUUGCGGUGCGUCAGCUCUACGACUGUAACUGGAUCGUUGUGAACUGUUCGUGUCCUGGAAACUACUUCCACGUCCUCAGAAGACAAAUCCUCCUCCCAUACAGGAAGCCUCUGAUCGUCUUCACUCCCAAAUCUCUGCUGCGCCACCCAGAGGCCAGAGCCAGCUUUGACGAUAUGCUGCCUGGGACUCACUUCCAGAGGCUGAUCCCAGAGGGAGGCUCAGCGUCGGAGCGUCCUGAGGAGGUGAAGCGUCUGAUCUUCUGUACGGGGAAAGUUUACUACGAGCUGACCAAAGAGAGGAAGAGCAGAGGAAUGGAGGACACGGUGGCUAUCGCACGCAUAGAGCAGCUGUCUCCGUUCCCGUUCGACCAGGUGAAGGCCGAGUCGGAGCGUUUCUGCAACGCCGACCUGGUCUGGUGUCAGGAGGAGCACAAGAACCAGGGUUACUACGACUACGUCAAGCCCCGCAUCAGGACCACCAUCCAGAGGGCCAAGCCCGUCUGGUAUGCGGGCAGAGGCCCGGCGGCGGCCCCGGCGACAGGAAACAAGAAGGCUCACCUGAUGGAGCUGAGGCGUUUCCUUGACAACGCCUUCGGCCUGGACGCCUAUAAAGACCAGCAGUAGACCUGUGACCUCUGACCCCUGACACACCUGGAAUACACCCCCCCCCUCUGACUGCAUCUACACACACAGUAAUACUGCAUACUGUAGGAAACGUACUACAUAGUACACACUGUUUACCCCUACUACAUGAGUACUAAGUACUACUGUACUUGUAGUACUUGUAGUACUUGUAGUACUGACAGCAGUACUGUCUGCUUCCAGGCCUUUAUUGAUCACUCAAACAUCAGAGGAAAUGAAAGAUGAAAUCUGAGAUGAUCCAAAUGUUUCUAUCAUCAAUGAAUAAAUCUCAUAUUGAUUUAAUAAAUGAUUGAUUAUUGAUUUGAUUGAUAAAUAAAAACUGAUAUUUGUUCACUGAGAUCAAAACAAAGUUAUGAUGCAGUGUGUACUUUAUGGUAUCAGUAUGUAGUAUUACGUGUGUACUGACGACUCAAUAUAUGCAUACUAGUUUAUUCCUUGUAUAUACUAGUACUCUGGAGUACUCUGUGUACUACUGUGUGUACUGUGUUCAUCACCACCACGGCAACACCUUUAUGAGCAACGCGUUGAUCCAUCAGUACUGCUAGAACACUGCUGAUAUGAAGUACUUUGAGUAAAAACAACACGAUUCUGAAGUACACAGAUAGAAAAAUACAAAGUUUUAUCAUGAAAGUAAAAACCCAGCAGGUCAAAGGUCGAGUUGCUCUUGAGUCCUCCGUCAACAUUACAGGAGAUUUCUUUCUUUUAUGUUUCAACUUUUUGCAGUUUUCAAAUUUAGUUGAUUUUAAAUAAAUCAGGUUUUUAAGAACGAUCUCUGAAUGAAAUGUUUAAAAACAGCAACUUUUUGAAUGGAGUCUGGUGAUAAUUGAUAAAGUACCAGGUUGCUGCUGCACGUUGCUCUACGAAGUUGCCUGAGUUGAACAAGUGGCGACAUGAAACAAACUGAGAGGCAACGUUGACUCUGGUGCAGUGAAGCCUGAACCGGAGAGUAAAGGUCAAACACACACACACACACACACACACACACACACACACACACACACACACACACACACACACACACACACACUCCAGCUGUAUUGUGUAACAGCAGGUCAGCAGGUAUGACAUCAUCAUCAUCACUCCCCUCUCACUCUUCAUCAAGAAGUUGCAGGAAACAUUUUAACCUUUUUUAGUUUUUGAUUGAUGGCUCGUUAGCAUCGUUAGCAUCGUUAGCGCUCCCCAUUGGAAACGAAUGGGAGCCCGGCUAGCUGGAUGAAAUGAGUGUAAUCACUCCAGCAGGUGGAGGUGUUUUUGUUGUUUUGGGCCUUUCACCAGGUGUGUCGGCUCGUUAAAGGGGAAAGUCUGUAAUUAAUUAGUCACCAUGGCAACGCUUAACUCGCACAUUGAGAUUUUAUUGUUGUUUUCUUUAUGUUAGGGGUUAAAAUGGUGGAGGUCUGCGCCAUUGGGUGUCCCUACAUGAGCUCAACCAAAUGCACUGCUGGUUAUGAUUUAACUCAUCGGCUUCUGUCUCCUCCCCCUCUUCUCUUCCUCCUCUUCUUCCUCCUCCUCUUCCUCCUCUUCUUCCUCUUCCUCCUCUUCCUCCUCUUCUCUCUCGCGAGCGUUCAUCUCGUGCCAAACGAAGCGUCUCAUGUUUUUGUUUUUUGUUUUCCUCUGAAUGAACUGAAUGUCAGCAGGAACUAAAACCUCCUGCCUGUGAUGUAGGAGUGAGGCCAGAGAGCAGCAGAAGCACAGAUGUGCGUCUGCGACGAAGAAAAUGAUUUAUUUAUUUUCAUAAUCGGGGAUUUAAACUCUCUUCAUUGUUUUUGCUUCAUUCAAUAAAGAAAUCUGUCCGAACUGAAA